AUGCGCUUGACCGUCGAGCUCAUCCAGAACUCCCUCUCAUACAUCAACCCGCUCACAGACCGCGAGCUAGACCUUAGAGGACACAAGAUUCCCGCCAUUGAGAAUUUGGGUAUUGCCAAGGAACAAGAUGCGAUUGAUUUAACAGACAACGACCUCUCCUCCCUCGGGAAUUUCCCUUUCUUCCCCCGCCUUCACACACUUCUACUUGCUCGAAACCGGAUCAACCAUAUCCAGCCUUCUCUAGCAACGUCGGUGCCCAAUUUGUCGACUUUGGUUCUGACCUCGAAUAAUUUGUCCGAGUUGGCGGAUCUCGAUCCCUUACAAAAUCUGCAACGGCUGACGCAUUUGGUUCUGAUGGAAAACCCUGUCACACGGAAGGAGAACUACCGCUACUGGGUGAUAUGGCGGGCGUCCACCGUCCGUUUCCUGGACUACCAGAAAGUCAAAGACGCAGAACGGGCCAAGGCUAAGGAGCUUUUUGGCACCGCUGAGGAACCAUCUGCUCUGGCAGCUAAGAUCAUGGGUGUCAAGUCUCGCACUUUCGAUGUCACAAAUGUUGCGCCCGCUGAUCGCGCCACGGGUGAUAAGGCCAUCCGCGUGAAAUUGACGGACAAGGAGCGAAAGCAUGUCGAGAAACUGAUCCGUGAGGCCAAGAGCUUGCAAGAGAUCACGCGGCUGGAAAAGGAGCUUAACGAGGGGCGGAUACCUGGCGGGGCACUCGGCGCAAAUGAAGAUAUGGAUGGGGAUGAGCGGAUGCAGAUGUGA